AUGGCAUCUCAGCUUCACAAAACUUUGCUUUGUGCCACUUUGUUGCUACCGCUGCUAUUGCUUCCCCGUGCUCUUCUUGUCAAAGCUUCACUCGGAUCCCAAGGGAGGGCAUUGCUCCACUGGAAAGCCACUCUUAGGAGUCGUCAAUCCCUGAGAUCUUGGAACCUCAAUUCUAGUCCUUGCAAUUGGACCGGAGUUACAUGCAAUUACCCUGUCACAGUUAGAGGGCUUGCGGUGAUCACCGAGAUAUCCCUGCCGAGCAUGGAGUUGGCAGGACCACUUGAUGCUCUUGAUUUCUCGGCAUUGGGAUCGCUCCUCCAUCUCAAUCUCUCGUACAACCAGCUUGGUGGGAUAAUUCCUCCGGUCAUCUCGGCUCUCUCCAGGCUCGUAUCUCUUGAUCUCACUGGCAAUCUGUUCACAAGCAAAAUCCCAAUUGAGAUAGACUCCAUGAAAGAUAUCCAAUUCUUGAGUCUUAGCCAAAACCAAAUGAUUGGUGCUAUACCUCCAUCUCUGAGCAACCUCACCGGUCUUGUGUCCUUGCACUUGGACAAUAAUAAGCUUGUGGGUGUCAUUCCUAAGGAGUUAGGGAGGCUCCACGAGUUGAUGUAUCUGGAUCUCGGGGACAAUAGCCUAUUUGGUUCAAUCCCUUCUGGUCUAGGAAAUUUGACAAAGCUACACCACUUGGGUCUUUACCAAAAUCAGUUAACUGGAGCCAUACCUCGAGAAUUGGGAAAUCUAGUUAAUCUCAUUUACUUAUCAAUCUCUAAUAAUAAUCUAACGAGUGGAGUUUUCUCUUCUUUUGGAAACCUAACUAAGCUACAAUCAAUUUUUCUAUGGAGAAAUCAACUCUCAGGUCCUAUCCCUUUUGAGAUUGGAAACCUCGUUGAGGUUAUCAAUCUCGAUUUCUCGGGAAACCUAUUAACAAAUUCGAUUCCUUCCUCAAUAGGAAAUAUGACCAAAUUAAAUAACCUUUAUCUUUGGGGGAAUCAAUUAUCUGAUUUUAUUCCUCUUGAGAUUGGAAAUCUAAUUGAAGUUACUGAUCUCGAACUCUCAACAAAUCUUUUGACUGGUCCUAUCCCUUUCUCUAUUGGAAACAUGAGCCAAUUAGAAUUCUUAUACAUGGAUACGAACCAGCUCUCAGGCUUAUUUCCUCGAUCGGUUGGCAAGUUAAGCAAACUCAGAGAACUACAUGCAUUCGAUAAUAAGUUGUCUGGACCUUUGCCUAUGGAGAUCAACAACAUUACUGGACUGACAAAUCUAGAGCUGUCAAAUAAUAGCUUCGUCGGUUAUGUACCCCCAAACAUAUGCAAAGAUGGAGCCCUAAAGUACCUCACUCUUGAUACGAACAACUUCCAAGGUCUCAUUCCCACGAUCUUGAAAAACUGUACGACACUUGAAAGGGUCCGUCUUGAACACAAUAAACUCACGGGAGAUGUAUCUCAAUGUCUUGGAGUGUAUCCCCAUCUUUAUUAUAUGGAUUUGAGCUUCAAUCUACUCUCCGGUGCACUCUCACCAGACUGGGCAAAAUGGCACAAUCUGACGCUCUUCAGAAUCUCAAAUAACAACAUCACCGGAGUCAUACCCACCGAAUUUGGGCAGUUGACGAAACUGGGAGAGCUGGACCUCUCUUCCAAUUACCUACAAGGAGAGAUCCCAAAGAGCUUCGGCAGCUUAACCCUUCUCUACAAUCUGAGCUUGGGCAACAACCAACUCGUCGGCCAUGUCCCUCUGGAGAUUGGAAUGCUGUCCAAUCUUGAACUGCUUGAUCUCUCAUCCAACAACUUGGCAGGAAGAAUCCCAGAUCAAUUAGGCAACUGCAUGAAACUCCGAUCGUUGAAGCUUAACAACAACAACUUCAGUGGAACCAUUCCUUUGGCCAUUGGUAAUCUGGUGUACCUUCAAGACACCUUUGACAUCAGCCAGAACUCACUAACAGGGGAGAUUCCAUUCGAACUCAGCAAAUUGGUGAUGCUGCAAAGCCUGAAUCUAUCGCAUAAUUACUUGUCGGGUCAUCUUCCAUCUUCGCUAACAUAUAUGACGAGCUUGUCUACCGUAGAUGUAUCCUACAAUGAACUGGACGGCCCUGUUCCUGAUAGCCCAGCUUUCCGAAGAGCCCCGGCAGAGUGGUUGGCCCAUAACAAUGAUCUGUGUGGAGUUGUUCAAGGAUUGCCUCCAUGUGUUUCACUCGGUACUCCAACAACAGACGACCGAAGCAAGCGCCACAAAAUUGUUAUAAUAGUAGCCAUCAUUGCUUCUGUGGUCUUCUUCCUUCUCUUGUUUAUAUUCAUUGGAGCAUUCCGCAAGAGAGAAAAAGAUACAGUACCUGUUGAUAAUAAUCACAUCAAAGAAGGUGCAUUCUGUAUAUUGAAUUUUGUUGGAAGAGAUGUAUACAAGGGCAUCAUCGAAGCCACCGAAGAUUUCGAUGCCAAGUACUGUAUCGGAAGCGGUGCAUACGGCAGUGUCUACAGAGCAGAGUUAGCAAGUGGGGAACUGCUAGCGGUGAAGAAGAUUCACCUACCAGACACUGAAGGUGCAUGCGACGAGCAACCCUUUCAAACUGAGAUACAAACUCUUACUCAAAUUCGACAUCGCAAUAUCGUCAAGCUUUACGGGUUCUGCUCCUCUCCCCGUCGCAAAUUUCUGGUGUACGAGUACAUGGAGAGAGGAAGUCUGGGAUCUGUCCUCCGAAGCGAGACUGCAGCUGAAUUGGACUGGGUGAAGAGGGUGACCAUCGUGAAAGAUGUUGCUCGUGCUCUGUUCUACAUGCAUCAUGACUGCACACCGCCUAUCGUUCAUCGAGAUAUUACCAGCAACAACAUCCUACUUGAUUCCGAAUUCAAGGCUUGUGUUUCCGACUUUGGAAUUGCUCGACUACUGAAGCCGGAUUCAUCAAAUUGGACCAUGCUUGCAGGCACACGGGGUUACCUAGCACCAGAGCUUGCAUAUACAAUGAGAGUGACCACCCAAUGCGACGUGUACAGUUUCGGAGUGGUGACGCUGGAGUUGCUGAUGGGAGAGUAUGGAGAAGUGCUCAUUUCCAUUCUGUUGUCUUCACCGAUCAACGAUAGCUUUGUGAAAGAUGUAUUAGACCGACGUCUACCCGUUCCUGAGGGUCAAGUUGCGGAUGAAGUAGUAGCAGUUUUGAGCUUGGCUCUUCGUAGCGUGGACAACCACCCUGAAUCACGCCCGACAAUGAAACAGGUCUCCGACAAGCUCAGCGGGCAGAUCCCUCCCACCAUCGCCACUCUCUCUCAGCUCAUCUCUUUUGAUGUCCAAGGAAAUGACAUCACGGGGACGAUCCCAGCCAGGAUCAGUUCUCUCACGAAGCUGAGAUCCUUAAAUCUCAGUGGAAAUAAGAUUAGUGGCUCCAUCCCUCUUUCGUUAGGCAACAUGACAAGCCCCGUCUUCCUCAUCCUGUCUGGAAAUGGCUUCUCACGAAGCAUUCCUGAAGAAAUAGGGGAUCUCCAGAAUCUCCAAGAGUUGGAUCUCUCGGCCAACUUUCUCACGGGAUCUAUUCCUCAAAGCCUGGGAAAUUUGACUCAACUCUCCUUGUUGGAUCUCUCUCUGAAUCAUUUAUAUGGAUCCGCUCCUCCAACGCUGGCAAAUCUCCAAAACCUUCUUGUCUUGAGCAUCUCCAAUAAUACUCUCACGGCUUCAAUUCCUGCCAGUUUGGGUAACUUGACUAGGCUUAUCAAGUUGAAUCUUUGGGGUGAUCACCUCUCUGGGUCCAUUCCUCAUGAAGUAGGGAAUCUUGUCCAGAUGACAAAUCUAGUACUUGCUCAUAAUAGUUUACUGGGUUCCAUCCCCCUCUCCCUAAGAAAUCUUUCGAAGCUUAGCACACUUUAUCUCUUCAACAAUCACAUCUCUGGCACGAUUCCUGCUGAAUUAGGCAAUCUAGUCGAGCUGAGAGACAUAGAUCUAUCACAUAAUCUAUUGACUGGUUUCAUCCCUUCCACCCUGGGAAAUCUAGCUAGACUAAGGAACCUGAUCCUUUCUUAUAAUGAACUCUCCGGUCCCAUCCCUUCUACUUUAGCUAACAUGACCUCUCUGAUACUAUUAGACCUCAGCAAUAACCAAAUCUCCGGCUGCAUCCCACCAUCUUUUGCAAAUCGAAGUCUAGAAGAACUAUCAGUGAUCAAUAAUAGUCUCUCCGGAUCGGUCCCAAACCUUACGAGCUUGGUUUCUCUGAAACUGGCAUACAAUGACCUCUCUGGGCAUCUGCCACCAGAUGUAUGCAGAGGAGGAAAGCUUCAGCAUUUCACCGCAGCCUAUAACAAGUUCCACGGGCCGAUACCAGAGAGCUUGAGAAACUGUUCAAGCCUAGUGCGGGUUCGAUUGGACAGGAACAACCACACCGGAGACCUCUUUGAUCACUUUGGAGUCUAUCCUAAUAUGAGAUAUAUUGACUUGAGCUACAACAGGUUAUCUGGAAUGCUUUCAUCGGAAUGGGGAAGUUGUUCAAACUUGACGAGCUUAAGAAUAUCCAACAACAGAUUAAAUGGAACAAUUCCAUCUGAGAUUGGGCAAUCAACUCGGCUGGAAGCGCUAGACCUUCUAACAUGUAGGACAUGUUGA